AUGGCCCGUGGCAACAACCGUCCACCGCCAGCUGAUUCCACCUCUUCCACUACAGCCAAUUAUACCUCUAUGGAUGAUUCCUCUAGUCCAUAUUUUUUGCAUAGUAAUGACCAUCCUGGCCUCGUUUUGGUCUCUCAUUGUUUAUCAGGUUCCAAUUUUAAUUCAUGGCAUCGUGCAAUGUUGCUUGCAUUGACUGCCAAAAAUAAGCUGGUGUUCAUUGAUGGCUCUCUUCUCCUUCUUGCCUCCACUGAUCUUUUAUUUUCCGUUUGGAAUCGAUGUAACUCCUUGGUACUCUCAUGGAUCUUGAACUCCGUCACCAAAGAGAUUGCUCAUAGUUUACUCUAUUUUACCAACGCAUAUGAAGCUUGGACUAAUUUGAAAACCCGGUUCUCCCAGGUCAAUGGUCCUCGAAUAUUCCAACUUAAACAACAGAUAUCAUCCAUAUGUCAAGGCUCCUUGGAUGUUAAUAGCUACUACACCAAGCUCAAAUCUCUCUGGGAUGAAUUGCUGGAUUAUGCUCAUCUUCUGCCUUGUACUUGUGGAGCUCUAUGUCACAUUAAUACACAUAGAGAGCAGGAUCACGUUCUCCAGUUUCUUAUUGGGCUAAAUAAUUCCUACUCUUCCUCGCGUGCUUAA